AUGGAUCAAAUCUCGGGCGCGCUACCAGUAUUGAAAGUCCCGAACUCAAAGAAUUAUGUUCAAUUACCAUACAAGCCGAGUACAACCCCGGAAUUAAUCGCGAAGCGAUUCAAAAUGCAUGAGGUGCCGAAGUAUGAUGGAACUUCAGAUCCACAAGAACACAUUACCACUUACACAACAGCAGUGAAAGGAAAUGAUUUGGUUCCUCAUGAAAUUGAGUCCGUGUUGCUGAGGAAAUUUGGUGAAACUCUCACGAGGGGAGCUUUAACGUGGUAUUCACUAUUGCCCGAGCAUCCCAUAGAUUCCUUUAAGGUGCUCGCAGAUUCUUUCAUCAAGGCUCAUGCCGGUGCCAGAAAGAAGGAAAGGAUAUUGCUACCGGCAGUCCCGGAUGAAUGCGCAGCUGAAGCGUUCGCCAAAGGUUUAAAUUCGAGAAGUUCGGGCACUUCCCGAAAGUUGAAGGAGAGUAUGCUCGAGUUCCAAGCGAUGACUUGGGCGGAUGUCCAUAACCGGUACGAGUUGAAAAUAAGGAUCGAAGACGAUCAGGUUGGUUUCCCAUCGUCGACCAAAGUACGGGAGAAGAACAAAGAAAAAAUGAAAGAUGAUAUUGACACAAAUAGACGGACUUCAAGAGGCUGUUUUUUGCCCUACGAGCGGACAAAAGGUCGUGGCAGGAAUUUCCGGACAACAGACAGGUUCACCGUUGAUAGAAUGACCGAUCGUGGCCAGAAAAACAAAUUGUUGCAGGAUAGAGAAGUCUCAGGGUCGCGAGAUUCUUCUUACCCAAAGUUAUCGGAAUAUAACUUCAAUCUCAGUGUCGUAGAGUUGGUGUCGGUCGUGAGGAGUAUCAAAGAGGCACGAUUCCCAAGACCUAUGAAAUCUGAUCCCAGCCAGAGGGAUCCCAAUUUAUGGUGUGAAUACCAUGGCACUAACGACCACCGGACUAGGGACUGCCGACACCUUCGAGAAGAAGUGGCAACAUUGUUAAAGAAUGGUCACCUCAGAGAAUUCUUGAGCGAUCGAGCUAAAAACAACUAUGGUGGAAACAAAGUGCGAAAACCUCGAAAGCGGGAGAAGAACCUCCACGCCAAACGAUCAACAUGA